AUGGAGGGAGGACGUAAUGAGAUAUUGAACUGGCUGAAUGAUACACUGCAGCUGAACUAUACAAAGAUUGAGCAUACUGCUACUGGUGCCGCUCAUUGUCAACUGAUGGAUAUUCUGUUCCCAGGCAAGUUGCCUCUCUCAAAGGUCAACUACAAUGCCAAGUACGAUUACGAAUACAUUGCCAACUUCAACCUCCUGCAACAAUGCUUCCAGAAGUUGGGCGUCGACAAAUAUCAAGGUGCAAUGGAUGUUGAUAGAAUGGUCACUGGUCGCCCUCAAGCCAACCUCGACUUUUGUCAGUGGAUGAAGAAGUUCUUUGAUCUGCACUAUGAUGGCUCACCAUACAAUGCACUCGAGAGAAGAGUUGCAUCUCGUAUCAAUUAUGAUGGCGACAAGGCACUGUUGGCAUCACUUGGUCCCAAUGCACCAAAGCCACCACCCAAGCCAGCCACAGCAUCCGCUGGCUCCACUGCCACCAAACCAUCCGCUGCAGUCACCAAGCCAACUGCCACAAGCAUCUCAAAGCCAUCGACCACUGUCACACCAGCCAGACCCUCCACCACCUCUGUCAAGCCCGCAUCAACAAUCUCAAGCAGACCUUCCAUCACCGCCAAGCCAACAGCAACACCAACCACCGCCGCCAAGCCAACUGGUACCAAGCCAACUGUAUCACAACCAUCAUUCAAGCCAACUACAAAGGCUGCCGCCACCACAGUAGCACCUGCAGCCGCUGCCCCAGCUCCAGCUGCAACAACUCAGAGCCAGACUGUGACGACUGUCGUCGAGACUGUCAAGGUUAUCGAUCCAUCGUUGGUGAAGGAACUGGAGGAGAAGAACGCUCAGAUCGAGGAGUUGACCAAGCAGCUGACCGAUAUGAAGCUCUUGAUGCUCGAAGUCGAGAAGGACAGAGACUUCUUCUACGGCAAGCUCAGAGACGUCGAGAUCUUCUGUCAGGAGAACGAGAAGGAGGUCGGAGGCGAAAAGAUGAAGGAAAUCCUACAGGUGUUGUAUAAGGAUGGCGACAAUGAAGCAGAGGCCGCACAGGGUGGUGAGGUCACCGAGGAGGAGCCAACAGAGGAGACACCAGGUGAUGAAGAGGUCGUUGGCGAUGAGGAGGAGAUUUUGGAAGAGGAGGAACAACUGAACGAAGAGCUCGAGCAACAUCAUAUCGCUGAGGAUGAAGAGAUUAACUAUGACAACGAUGAGGAGUUGUUGGAAUCGAAAGAGGAUCUCUUGGUCGACUCGGGGGAUGAGGCCUUC